UUCAUUCACAUUUCAGAAUGCCAUACACAUUGCAACUCUGUCAUCUCUGUACAUUUUCCUUGCUUUGUCAGCAUCUCAAUCUCUUUCAACCUUUAGGUAGUUGUGGUUUUGUCGUCCUAACAAUAAAUAAUGUUCGAAUUUCAGCCAUCCACAUGUUCAUCGACUUCCUCCAUUAAUUUUGGGUUAGACAAAUACAAGUCAGAGGAAGCUUCGUAUACGGCGUCGGUUUCUUGUCAUUCAAACAUCUGAUCUCUCGCGGAUAUUCUGGACGUUUAAACAAAAGCAAGCACUUAUAGGAAAAGGGUCUGGGGAUUUUGGUGUCGGGUUGAGGAAUUAAAGCGUAUUUGGAGGAGUAGCUAUGACGAAAUGGGCGAAAGAAGAAGUGGUUUUCUUCGAAAGUGGGGAAGAGGAUGGGGAUGUAGAAGAGGGGAUGGAAUCAGAAGAAGAAGAAGAAGAAGGAGACAAAAGUGUUGCUGAUGUUGAUAAUGAAAGUGGAGGUCGUAGUUUUUCACCUUCUUCUUCGUUCAUUUCUCAACAAUGGCCUCAGAGUUACAAAGAAACAACGGAUUUCUACUCAAUUGCAGCAUCGCCAAAUUUCGGAAAUCUUCGGCUCAUAUCUGGUGCAUUUUAUCCUGACGGUAGCAGUCAGAAUAGCUUGGACAUUAGUGGGAAGACACCUUUGCUUUCCGAGUACAAGAACAUAAAUCAGAAAGGAGAAGUAGAUAGGAUAUCUGCAAGGCAGCAGUCCUCUUGGCUGGAAAAGAGUUCUGUUUACCGACAACUGACUGGAGAACUUCCUAUUGGUCAGGGAUGUAGCUUAACACAAACUAUAUUCAAUGGGAUAAAUGUUAUGGCUGGAGCUGCACUUCUUUCUACACCUUAUACUGUUAGAGAAGGUGGCUGGGCAAGUUUGUUUGUGCUUAUUCUCUUUGCAUGUGUCUGUUGCUAUACUGCUGAACUUAUGAGACACUGCUUUGAAAGCAAAGAAGGCAUCUUAACCUUUCCAGACAUGGGAGAGGCAGCAUUUGGGAGAUUUGGACGGAUUUUUGUUUCU